CGGGCGCUGCGGGGCUGGCAGCGGGCCUUGCACCGAGCCCUCCUGAGGAGCGACUGCCGCAUGCUGCUCGCCCUCGAGCCGGACCCUCCCCGAGGGGAUGCCCAGGCCCGGUGGGAAGGUGGGAACCCACCGGCUGCUCCCGGCGGCGAGGACGGGGACGGGAGAGGUGACGCCGAGGAAACCGGCACCGAAGACAGCAUAAUCCAUAUUAAGCAAGAGGAAGAGUUGUGUGCUGCAGAUCAGCGGGAGGGGGAGGCUGGAGAAGCUCCUGAGGAGCCCUGCCCGGCAGAACCAGGGUUUUGUGAGCCCGAGGCAUCGCGUCAGACCAAGAAAGGGAAGGAGACAUUUCCCAGGGAGCUGCCAGGCGUGGGGGGCGAGGACACCCCCCGAGACCCUGACCCAGGGUUUCAGAGUUAUGCCACAGAUGUUUUAUCGUGGAUUAAACAAGAGGAGGAGCCGCGCUGCCCUGAACGACAGGGCAUGGAGAAAGCAGAAAUCCCUACAGAUGCAAGUACAGUGCACGAUGAAAACCCAAAGAGGGACCCUCCAGCAGAUUGCUUUGAAAGCACAGCGUGUGACCCGGAGCUACCGGCGAGACCCGAAGAGAAGUUUUCCAAGGAUCCUACCCCCGGAGUGACAUGGGACAGUCAGUGGAAUUCAGAAAUGAUGGAAACAAACACCACUGGGAACGGCCUUGGGGGCGACGCUCGGUACGACCGAGGGUUUGGUGAGCACUUCGAUUUUUUUAGCACUCAGGAAAACAGUGUCAGCAAGAGAGCGUGCGCGUACAACAAAUGUGAGAGAAACUCCAGCCAGCAGGAACAUCUUCCGGCUCCCCAGGCAGCCCGAGAAGGGGAGAUGUUUCCAGCCCCUACGUGUGAGAAGAGUCUCAGCGAUAGGAUGUUCCACCUGCUUCACUCCCAGCUCUGCGCUCCCGGUGAGAAAGAAACGAGCCCCCACGGGCAGGGGGCUGCUCCUGCCUCCUGCGAGGGGCUGCCUGCCGGGGUGGCCCGCACCGAGAGGGGACAGAUCCCUGGGGGAGGAACCCAGCUUCGUGACCACAACGGCCUGGUGGGAGAGGAGCAGCCGUCCACGGAGAGCGAGGAGAACUUCCCGGCGGAAAACUCGUUAGGCAGCCCCUGCUGGGAGCACCCCCAGGAGAAGUCGGAGGGCUGUGGCAGAUGCAGGCAGCACUUGGCCCCCAGGGGCAGCCCCGCCAGCCAGGGGCAAAGCCAGGGCCGGGGCAAGUCCUACAUUUGCAGCGACUGUGGGAAAAGCUUCGUUUGCCAUUCGUGGCUCGUUAGGCACCAGAUGACUCACACGGGAGAGAGGCCCUACAAGUGCUCCGAGUGUGACAAAAGCUACAGGAGAAAGGAUUAUCUUUUAAAACACCAGCGCCAGCACUCGGGAGAGGGGCUCUUCCAGUGCCCCCUCUGCAGGAAAAGGUUUGUGCUCAGGAGGAGUUUCAUGAAGCACCAGGAAAGUCACGUGGAAGAAACACACCUGACGCUGGCGGGUUGGCCCUGCGCCGAGAUCCGGGGGUCUGUCAUGCACUCCGUCCCUGGGAUGCUUGACGAUGCUGCAGCACGUGAGGGGACGGACCUGGAAGAGCGGCAGAAAGAGCUGUACAAGAAAGUGCUAAAGGAGAAUGAUGAAUCUUUAACCACCUUGGGUAAAGACUGUCCUGCUCCCAAAAGCAGCGUCCAGCUGAGAGAAGUGGAUUUUGAGGAAAGGGAGAUCCCCACAGCAAACCCGUAUGGGGGAAGGACUCUAUGCACAGAGUGUCAGAAGACUUUUAAAUUGAAAAUCAGCCUUCUGAAACAUCAGCAAAUUCACACCAAAAAGAGUCAGGCCUCGUCCUACACGUGCACAGACUGUGGCAAGAGCUUUGCUCACCACCGGAGAACUCACAUGGGGGAGAGGCCCUACAAGUGCACAGAAUGUGACAAAACUUUUGUGGAAAAACCCAGACUCACUAAUCAUUUGCGAACUCAUAACGUACCCACGUUACCAGUGCUGGUACUGGUGCCCAUGUCAGUGCUGAUGCCGGUGCUGGUGCCAGUACUGCCUCCCACACCAGUGCCGGUGCUGGUGCCCAUGCUGGUGCCUGUGUUGGUGCCGAUGCCCAUGUUGGUGGUGAUGCCCAUGCUGGUGAUGGUGCUGGUGCUGCUACUGAUGCUGGCACUGGUACCAGUGCUGAUACCGGUGCUGAUGCUGGUACUGACACUGGUGCCAGUGCCAAUGCCGGUGCUGGUACUGACUCCUGUGCCAGUAUUGAUGACGAUGCCGGUGCCCGUGCCAGUCCUGGCUCCUGUGCUGGUACUGACAGUGAUGCCAGUGACAAUGCUGGUGCCGGUACUGACUCUCGUGCCGGUACUGAUGGCGAUGCCAACGCUGGUACCGGUAGUGACUCCCGUGCCGGUACUGAUGGCGAUGCCGGUGCCUGUGCCCGUACUGACUCUGGUGCCAGUGCCGAUGCCGGUGCCCGUGCCGGCGCUGACCCCCGUGCCGGUGCUGAGGCCGGUGCCCCUCCAGGGGCCAAAUCCCACCGGGACGAGUCAAUGGCACGGGGUGGCCACGGUGGUGGGGGUAGGACAUGCCCCCCGUGGUGCCAAAAAGCUCCUGAACUGGGGGGACCAGUGCCUGCUGUGGGGCCAGGGCUCUGGGCAUGACCCGGAGGGAGGUGACCACGGACCCCCUGUCACCCCCGCCCUCCCCACGCCCCAGGUGCAGGAGUGGAACGUGGAAGCCCCCCACCUGAUGCCGCUGCAGCCGCCGCUGCUGCCGGAGCGGGCUCACGUGCGGGAGGCGCAGCUCCACUCGGCCGAAGCGUCCCUCUGGACCGUGGUGGCCACCGUGCAGGCCAUGGAGAGGAAGAUCGACCUCCUCGCCACCCGCCUGCUCAGCCUGGAGGGUCGUUCCGGCACAGCCGAGAAGAAGCUCCUGGACUGCGAGAAGACCACCAUGGAGUUUGGGAACCAGCUGGAGAGCAAGUGGGCCGUGCUGGGCACCCUCAUCCAGGAGUACGGGCUGCUCCAGCGGCGCCUGGAGAACGUGGAGAACCUCCUGAAGAACAGGAACUUCUGGGUGCUGCGGCUGCCACCCGGUCCCCGGGGUGAGGUCCCCAAGGUGCCGGUGACGUUUGUGGACAUCGCCGUCUACUUCUCGGCGGAGGAGUGGAAGAAUUUGGAGGAGUGGCAGAAGGAGCUGUACAAUAACCUGGUGAAGGAGAACUAUGAGGCUUUGCUCUCUCUGGACGGUGCCAUCUCCCGGAGCGAGGCGCAGCCCCGGGGGGAGCGCGGGGAGGGUCCCUGCGUCCCCGAGCAGAGGGAGCUGGAGCAGAGGGAGCUGCCGCCGGACGCCUGCGCGGAGUCGCUGAUCUCCACCUCCGACAUCCUGUCCCGGAUCAAGCAGGAGGUGGCCUUCGUGGGGGAGCAGCAGUUCCCGGAGGAGCGGGGGAUGCCGGCAGACCCCUGCGCAGGCGCGGACGCCCUGAUCACGGCGCACGACUUCUUGUCGUGGAUCAAGCAGGAGGAAGAGCCCUGUGUCCGUGAGCCCUGGGAGCUGCCGGAGAGGGAGAUGCUGCCGGGUCCCGGUCCUGGUCCUGCCGGCGAGGGGCUGCUGGUGAAGACGGAGGAGCGGUGCCCCCACGCCGAGCCCCCCGAGGAGGUGGGUUUGCCGGGUGGCUCCGGGGACCUGCUCUUCCCCGGCACCGGUUUUGGGAACCCCGAGGGACAAGCGGCGGCGGUGACACCGGCGGGGGCUCUGCCGGCACAGCACAGACUGGGCAAAGCCCCAGGCUCAGAACCGGGGGGCGAGGGGCCGGGGGUCCCCACCACCACCCCGGUCCCCGCCGAGGAGCGUCCUCACGGCUGCGCUGAGUGCGGGAAGAGCUUCAGCGGGAAGAAGAGCCUGCGGAUCCACCAGCGGAGCCACGCGGCCGAGAGGCCCUACCCCUGCGCCGAGUGCGGGAAGAGCUUCAACUGCCACUCGGGGCUGGUGCGGCACCAGAUGAUCCACCGGGGCGAGCGGCCCUACAAGUGCGGCGAGUGCGGCAAGUGCUACAGCCGCAAGGAGCACCUGCAGAACCACCAGCGGCUCCACACGGGCGAGCGGCCCUUCGCCUGCGCCGCCUGCGGCAAGAGCUUCAUCCGCAAGCAGAACCUGCUCAAGCACCAGCGCAUCCACACCGGCGAGAGGCCCUACCAGUGCCCGGCCUGCGGCCGCAGCUUCCGCUACAAGGAAUCCCUCAAGGACCAUCAGAGGGUCCAUGGGGCCGAGGCGGGGGCCCCCCCCUUGCCCCCACCCGGUAGUAAUCCUACUCCUCUAGCGCUGUCACACGGCUCCCCGCUCGCUCAUGCGUGCCCGGCCAGCCACGCUCACAGGCCCCUGCCUUGCACACGCGUGUGCAACGCCGCCAUCCUCUCCAGGGGGGAGUGCGUGGGUGCCCGGCGUGCUCCUGGCACACGGCAAGCGUGCGUGGUGCCAGCCACCCGCGUCCCCCUGCGCUCGUAG